ACUGAUCUGUUAACCCUGGAACCCGAGAGUGAGCGAGAACACCUUAUGAAGCUCGCGCUCGAGGAGGCGGAUAUUCGAGAGGCAUACCUGAAGAAGCAAUUGCACGGGCAGCAAGCCGCGAGCAUCCUUCAGCAGAUAUACUGCGAGCGUGUUCGUCGGCAGCUGGCGACGAAGGAGGAGAAAGCUGCGGGUCAAGGUGGAAAGAGAACACUGAUGGGAGAUGGAAAGGCGAAGCUAUUGUCGGGUGAUGAGUUUGUGGCGCUGGUUAUCGAGCACGACGAGACCCAGAGG